UCCAAAAUGGCCGGAACAGGCCUUCACCGCCCGCAGCCAAGAUGGCGGCGUACGAGAAGCGGCGGGCGGCCGCCGCCCCGGCCCCAGCCCCGGCUCCGGGGACUGGCAGCGGGCUGGCGGAGCCGGCUCGCGCUGCGGCCGACGGGCUGGGGAGCGAGGCGGAGUUCCUGCUGCAGGCUGGCGUCACCGCCAUGGUGCGGGAGGCGCUGCUGAAGGUGCUGGAGGCGCGGCCCGAGGAGCCCGUCUCCUUCCUGGCUGACUACUUCGAGCGGCUGGUGCUGGGCAGCCCCGGGGCGGCGGGCGAGGCCGCUGCGGAGCUCCCGGGGGCUCCGCAGCGCCUGGCCCGGGCGCUGUGGUACGUGCGCCUGGCUCACCACUCCCACAGGACGGCCUUCGACAGCAACGCCGGCGCGGCUUACGAGGUGCUGGGCGCCGGCGGUCGGCGGCGGAAGGCGGGAGUAGACGGGCGGCUGUACAGCGAGCUGCUGCGGCGCAUCUGCCUUCACGGGGGAGCACCGGCGGAGGCGGCGUCAGCGUUGCUGGGGCGGGUGCGAUGUCGCGACCACGAGGCCGUGCCUUUCGACAUCUUCCGCUACGGCGUCCUCACCUGCUUCGUGCUGCUGGAGUUCGCGGCCAAGGCAGACGCGCUCUUCGGCGUCCUGGACGGCGGCUCCGGUGCCGCCGACGGCAGGGUCUGCCAGGCCGUCCUGCGGGCGCUGGAGGAGGCGCUGGGCACCGGCCACUUCUCUCUGCCCAGCCACUACCUGGAGGCAGGCUCCAAGCUGGGGCCGGAUGGCCUAGCCCUGGCCAUGGACCGGGCGCUGCAGGAGAGGAAGCUCAGCACCUCCAUGAGCCGGGAGGAGUUCCUGAAGAAAGCCACUGCCUUGUUCGUUGCAAAAGUGAAGCCUGUUGAAUAACACUUGGGUGGGAGCAAUACUGACUGCGUCUACUUCGACCUCCGCGAGCGCUCUGCGCAGAGCCGUAUACGCAAAGGAGGCUCCAGACCCCGGCGCUGAGCUGGACGGCGAGCACCAGGGGCUGGUCAGGCGCUGUCUGGAGAGCCCGGGUCUGCCCGAUGAGAGAUUCCCGAUUUCCACACUCCCUUCUGUGUUUGGUGCGACAGGUGCCCAGCCACCUUGAGUGCUGGACGUGUCCCUAUUGGCUGUGCCUCUCCCAGCUGUGGCUCCUCCAACCCAGCUGGCAUUAGCAAAUAUUUUUUUUAGGUGUUAACUGAAGACUUACAAGGAGGCCUGUAAACAGUAGGGCAGUGUUAGUCAUUAAAAAUGAGCCAGAAUGAAGGAAAUGUGGGGCUGGACUACGAGAUAUCCUGCAGUUUCAUCCUAGCCCUGGCCAUGUUGUGUCAUGCAGCUUCAGCAGGGAACUUUGUUUCUGCUUUUGAAUUUGUUUCACACCUACCUGUGAAGUGGGGGGGCGAUGCUUAUCUAACUGCUGUGAGGAUUCACAAGGAAAUAUGGGGCUGAUCUGGAGUGUGAUAAAGCAUUAUUUUAUUAAACAAAAUGUUUUAAACGCACAGCAGAUGAGAAACAGCUGGCUGGGAAGCAAGUAUCACUGGGAAGGGCUGCGAGCCAGAGCGGGGGUCUGUCUCUGCCGGCAGCCGAGCUGUGAGGCGAUGAGCUGUCCCUGCUGCCUCCUCGCUCAGUGUUUACCCAACCACCUCUGGCUCAGACUCUGGGGAUCAAAGCUCAUACCUGAGUGAUGACUUCUCAAGUGAAGCUGCAGAGUGCUAUGGAUUUGAUAAUGAUUUGGGACGUGGAGCACCAGGUCAAGACAAGACAAACCCCAUUCCCUGAGGUCAUAGUUUGCUUUUGAGCAGAAAUGCGUGUUGAACCAUGUGUUAUUUAUUUGAACUUGUUUGUGUUGAUUAUUUAUACUGUGCAAUUAUUGGUUAACUGUAAGACAUUAAAGCUUUUUAUUAUUUU